AGUUAGGGACUUGUUGGAAAAAAUCUAGGGGAAAGUUAGGGGAAUUUCGAUUUGGUGCCGUUUCCCGCCGGGUUUUUCUCGGAAAUUUCGGCGAAAAUUGCGCAAUUUUGCCCAACUGGGCCUUUUAGGGUCGUGUCCCGAGCGUUUGGUGCCAAUUGGGUGAGUUUCGUGAACCUAACCUUGAAAUGUGGCCCGAGGUCCAGAGGGCUAGGAGUGAGAACCGGCACGAGUUGGUGCUCGGGGGCAACGAGAUUGCCGAACGCAUUGCCAAGGAGGGGCUAGAUCCGGGGAUUUUUGCCCUGACAGGGCUGAACUACCUGGAUUUGCACGAGACCAGUCUGGGGGCUAUUCCGGACGAAAUCGCCCGAUUGGUGAACUUGCAGUCGCUGGUGCUUCACUCGAACAAGCUCGAGGGGGUUAACAGUGCGGUCACCAAGCUGGAGAAGUUGAAGCUUUUGGAUUUGGCACGAAACCAACUGAGGGAAGUCCCUCCUGAGAUUGACAAGUUGGCCAAUAUUGUGACCUUUAAUUUCACUUUUAACUGUCUUGGGGGUUUCCCCGAGUUGCGCAACACGCGGAAAUUGUCAGUCUUGGACUUGUCGAACAAUAAAUUGAAAAUUUUUCCGCGGGUUUGUAAUGAAGGGUUGGCUAAUUUGUCCGAACUGAAGCUCAGUGAGAAUGAAAUUGAGACAAUCCCUCCGGAAAUUAACCAAUUAACGGGCCUGAAGGUGCUAGAGUUGGGGCACAAUAAAAUCAAGUCGCUUCCGGGCGAACUAGCCGAUUGUACAAAACUUAAAGUUUUGGGUUUGAAAAACAACCCAAUUUCCGACCGUCGCCUCCUUAAACUAAUCGACCAAUGUCGCACUAAACAAAUCAUCGACUACGUCAAGGCCCACAGCCCCAAAACUGUGGUGCAAAAGAGCGAACAAAAGGGCCCCCCUAGGGCCACCCAAGACUCCGACAGUGACCCCGACGAGUACAAACACACCAUUCGGGUCCACUAUGCCAAAGACAGCCCCAAAAUAGUGCUAGACGAGAGCGUGAAAAGCGUGCGAGAAUUCCUAGUCGCUUGUCUCGUCUCUGUCACUUUCACCGAAGAAACGUUCAAGAAAUUUAUCCAAAUCCAGAAUAAAUUACACGAGACCGUGUGUUCUAAACGCAACUCGUCCACAAUCGCCACCCACGACUACGACAAAUUGCCCCCCGGGGAUUUACACUACACGACUUUGCCCCCCUCCGAGCUCCAAAUCCAGCCCCUCAACCGCCCCACGGCCAUGUCGGGGGCCGACCUCUUCACCAAGCUCCAAACCGAGGCUAAUAAUCUACGCAAAGAGAAGAAACGUAACACUUAUUCGGGGAUUCACAAGUUCUUGUAUCUAAUCGAGGGGAAGUCCCGAUACCCCUGUCUGGUCAAUUCGCAAGGGAUUGUCGUCUCAUUCCCGCCAAUCACUAACUCGGAAGUGACCAAAAUUGAAGUGGGGACGAAAAAUUUGCUGGUUGAAGUGACAAGUUCCGUGUCUUUGCAUUUGUGUAAAGUUGCAAUGGAGGCACUUUUGAGGGAGUUGAUCGGUCUGGUGGGGCAUGACUUGGAGGUCACGCAAGUCAAAAGCACGGAUCCGGACGGGAAUUUACGGGUGGUUUACCCGUCCAAGAAUGAUCUGGUGUUUGAAGGGAACGAAAUUAGAGUUGUUAGGGACUAAACUAAUUUAUUUAUUCGAAUAUAAGUUUUUUGUAUUUCUGGUAUUUAAUAAAGAACGAGGUUCAUGAUUUAAA